UUCUUUUCGUCUUCACCGUCACUUUUUCGUCUUACGGUCAUCAGAAAAACUAGUUGUCCCAAGUCCGCGCGUAAAAAUUUUCUCCAAGGUUCCCUUCCACGAAAGCAUGCACAUAGCCUCUACCGCGACAAUCAAACACUACAAUUAUAACGUCAUAUUAUAUCCGAACCCCAGUUUGGGCACUUUCGCGCAUAGUUGCUUGUAUUGAACUUGUAAUAUUAUCCUUCGUGGAUACGACAUUCAGUUCAACGCACGCACACACCCCAUAUCCGCGGACCUAUACAGAACACGGCAGCGUACAUCCGCCCCAAACCAACAACACACCAAUUCCAAGACAGCAGCGCCUGUGUUUCUUCACGCUCUCAAAAAUCCGCCUUACCCAGCAAAUUUGCAUUCCGUAAAAUAUCUCCCUGUCUACCCCAAAAAUGGCAACAGCAACGUCCACCCUCCCACAUCACCCACCCAACCCGUCAAUCAUGGCCUCAUCUACCACUACUCCCACUCCGGUCAUUACAGCAACAGUCUUGAUGAAAGCAUCUCCCCAUGACAUAGCCCAGCUGCACGACAUCCACACCCUGCUCAACAACAUCUUCGCGCGCAACCGAAACCAGCACCAACGCAGCACAUGGUGGAAAAGUCUCCACGGAUUCCGCAAGCAAAUCACCCUCCUACUCCAAGACCUUCUGCACGGCCCCAAAAAAGAGCGCGAAGGCAAAAUCGAAGCGCGUUUGAGGUUUUGGGAUCGCGGAGCUGUGCAUACGUGGUACUAUCAGUUUAGCCAACUAGUUGCCGUAGGACCGUUCGCCGUGCUUGGCCUCGUUAUGAUGGCGAGUGUAGCUCGCGUAUGCAGAAUUACCGGUAUAACGGCUGUUUACGAGGAAAUCGCUUCGAGCGAUGUCAAAGGCGUUUUGAGCGCGAGUGAUGAACUAGCCUUGGCGGAUGAAUUUAGUGGGGCAUUGGACGAAGGGGAGGAGUGGGAUGAGGGUGUUGUUGUUGCAAGGGAAGAAGAGGAUGACGACGAGUAGAUGGUUUGAGUCUCGUGUUUGAGUUCAUGCAUGUAUAUAUACUAUCAGCGACAGAUAUGGGACGAUACCUGAUGGCCAGGCCUGGCUGUCUUCACGGCGUUUGG